UUCUUCAGGUAAACAUCACUGGGAAGGGCUCUUCCUCCAGACACAAUGGCUGAAAAUGAGAUCUUAGAAGACCAAGAGAAGCUGAAGAGGGGUCUAGUGAAGGUUCUGGAAUGUGUGGCCACCAUCUCAUCUGCAGCAGCGGUGGUCAAUCCCAUCUUCGGUGUGGCUGGUUCUCUCAUCCGGGUGGUGCUGCACCAUGUGGACGAUGAAGACAUCCAGAAACUCAAACGUGAGUUUGGCAGCGUGAUUCGAGCCCUGGACGAAAUCUCACAGCAGAACCAGAAUGUAUUGCUUCAGAUCAGGAAAGAGACUGUGGAUGGCCUGUACAGUCGUGUAGAAGAAAACAUUCGUAAUCAGUUCUCCAAAUUCAUGGACACUGUGGAGGUAUCAGCAGCACAUGAACAGCGCAAGAAAGAAUUUCAAAUGAGCUUUGUGAUCAAUCAGUGUGACCAGAACCUGUACACGCUAUACGGCGGUGUUAUGGGUGAAUCAAAGAUCUUCAGCCAGCCCAUCCUAGAGGUCUACAUGAAACAUUCACAAGGCGACCAGCGUGUCAUGGAAAACCUAUGCACUCGACUCACAUACUUGUUCUGCAUCGGCCUCAUUGCUCUGAUGAGUUACGCUGCCAUCGUUGGGGAUGAUGAGGAAGCUCUGCACAUCGAGUGGGAAGAGAAAAUGAAAGAUGUAGCCAAAAAGAUAUCAGAAGUGUUAAACAGUUAUGAGUGAUUUUAACCCUCUUUUCUUAGCCAACAUCUCUUUUAUCUAUUUUAUCUGUCAUUGCCCUAGCAACUGCUGUCCAUCUAGUUGUCUGUCUCACUCAAAACACUGUAACAGCUACCUUGCAAACAACGUGUUAACCCACUCCUACUGUACUCCUGCAAAUACGUGUAGUUUUGAAACAAAAG